AUGAUGCAAGAGAUGCCUGAUUGGUCGGAACUUCCACAUGAUUUGCUGGUUCUAAUAGCUACUCGUUUAAAUCUGAUUGUAGACUAUCUAAUAUUUGGCACUGUCUGCAACUCCUGGCACUCUACAGCCACGAAGAACAACUUUAAUAGUGGCCUGCCAUGGCUAAUGUUAGCGGAGGAAGAGGACAAUGAGGGAAAUACCUUUCGAAGAUUCUUCAGCCUUUAUGAUGGCACGAUCUUGAAGAAGAGGAUUCCAAAAGCCAGCAGAAAAUGUUGUAUGGAGUCUAUGGAUUGGCUUAUCACAGUAGGAGAUGAUGAGGGUGAAAUUAGUCUGAUACAUCCCUUCUCUGAUGUUCACAUUGAAUUGCCCCAUCAAAAUACCACCUUAGAUUAUGAUGACGAUCACUCGACUGACCUGAUGACCUUUAUUCGCAAGGCAGUUUUGUCAGCUAAUCCUUCUCAUACAUCCGAUUACGUUGUCAUGGCCAUUGAGAGAAACAUGAAGUUCAUCAGUUUCUGGAGACCUGGAGAUUUGAGAUGGACUAGAGUUAUUUGGGAAGGAACCCAGCACAAUCUAUUUGCCGAUUUGGUGUAUUUUAAUGGCAAAAUUUAUACCGUGAGUCAUUCGGGUGAAUUACUAGUUUGUGAUGUUGAUGAUUUUGUUGGCCUUGGAGGUCAUGUCAUUGCGCAGAUACCAUUUGAACCUCAAGAAUUUGUAGAACAAUUGUACAUCCUAGAAUCACUAGGAUCAUUAUUUGUAAUUUCGCGAUAUGGUGUUCUAGUUAGGCCAAUCGAAGAUGAUUGCGAAAGCUUUCCAUUGACGCUCAGGCCGGAUGAACGCGAAUUGUUGGGGGAUGGUGAGUUCACAUAUGGGACAACAGAUUUUCGAGUUUUCCAGGUGGAUUUAGCUGCUGGCAAAGUGACUGAAACCAAUGAAUUAAGAGACAUGGCUUUUUUUUUGGGUGCUAAUGCUUCUCUUUCAGUCCAAGCUUCUCAAUUUCCAGGAAUCAAACCCAAUCAUAUUUAUUUUACAGACGACUGUUUUGAAUCAUAUACCUGCUAUGAAGAAGGAGGCGGCUUGGACAUGGGGGUGUUCAACGUAGCAGAUGGCAGCAUCCAGCCGCAUUACGAUGGUGUUUCCCUCAGUUGGUUUUGUCCUCCUAUUUGGGUAACACCAACUUUGUAG